GCCACCUGUCAGUGUCCAUCAGUGCCAGCUGUCAGUGCUCAUCAGUUCCACCUGCCAGUGUCCAUCAAUGCAAUAUAUCUGUGCCUACCAGUGCACAUCAAUGCCACAUAUCAGUGCCCAUCUGAGCUGCCUUUCAGUGUCACCCAUCAGUGCCAGUCAGUGCCACCUAUCAGUGCUGCCAAUCAGUGCCACCUAUCAGUGCCAUGACCAUCAGUGAUGCCUAUCAGUGUCCAUCAGUGCAGCCUAUCAGUGCCCAUCACUGCAGCCUCAUUAGCGCACAUCAGUGAAGGAGAAAAAUCACUUAUUUACAAAAUUUUAUAA